AUGCCCAGGAAAAGCCAUGGUGAAAAACGAAUCGAUGGUUCUAUCUCUGGUUUGUCUAAUGCCCUCGAAGAACAUCAGAAGCUUCGGCGCCGUGCUUUGAAAACCGGCUCGUUUUUGACGUGGCCGACUCCCGAGCAGAAAGGGGUGAUGAAUUUCGAAAAUUUGGCCCUGAACCAUGAAGUGAUUGAAAUUUUGAUCCGUCUAUGGGCCCCCCAGUGGGCAGAGCCUAUCAUGAUACCGGUGGACGAUUUGAAGAAUGAGGUCAAGAUUAGCCGAGUGGCUUUGGAGCUGCAUCACUCAGUGACACUUGUGCACACAGAUGCAACAGCUAUGAAAGGCUUGUUCACACUCCUGUGCCGGCGGCAUGAUGGUUCUGCAAGAACUGAUCCUCGGUUGAUUAAGCUCUAUGCCUUGCUGACAAAGUACUGGGCCCCCAAGCCACGGUCAAAAAGGAAUUUGGGAGAAGAGGUUCAGGGCGCUAGUGGCUCGCAAGAACAAAAAGAGGGAGAAGAAGGCAACAAGUUGGGAGAAGAGGGGGCAGAGGGGGGAGAGGGGGGGGAAGAGGAGAUUCGAGAAGAAGAUCCAGAAAUCGCUGCAGAAGGAAGUGGCAGCCAAGAUGGGGGUGGUGAGGUAGGUAGCGGACAACCCUGUUCCCCAGAAAUUCCUGCUUCACCUGUGCACUACCCCUCACCCAUGGAGAAAGCUUCCUCCCCAGCUCCCCUUCGCACCCCAAGCAAGAGAAAACCAGAUGAGGAUGAAGAAAGGCUCGACACUCUUUUGGCCUGGACGCUGGGGGGUGAACUUCCUCCCACAGUCCGCUUGGGUCAUCCCUGGGAAUCCCCAUGGAGACAUGAUAAACCUGACCACCAAUGCGAUGACGAACUUGAUGAAGUAGAAUCACAACUCAAAAACCUGGAGUUUCUUGUUUGCAAAGAGUUGCAAAACAACUAG